AUGGCAACUUCGAGUCGUACGAGCGUAGCGCUUCCCGAGACAUUUUCAGAUGGGGAUAUUGUUUUAUGGCUGCGAAAAUUCGAGCUUUGUUCGACCGCAAACGACUGGAAAGAUACCGACAUGUUAAAAAGGUUACCGACACUUUUGUCUGGUAAGGCCUUCGCAGUUUUUGAGCGUCUCGCAGCAGAGGCCAAAGAAGAUUAUAAAACUCUUACGAAAGCUUUGACGGCGGCGUUUGGCGGAGAUACAACGGGCAAACAUCUUGCAAUGAUGGCGUUUCGCAGUCGAACGAGAAAGCCAGACGAAGACAUACAAGUGUUCGCCUACAAUUUAGAGGCACUAUUAAGGCGCGCAAUGCCAAAAAUCGAAAACGGAGACAGAGAUGUCCUACUCCAGCAACAAUUUAUCGAAGGAGUACCCACAGAACUAAAAAGGGAACUAUUACAACGACCAAGCAUGUCCUAUGAAGAAAUGGUUGCGGUUGCCCAGCAACUAGAUUUAGUGAGUCAAAUUUCAUCGCACCAAACCGGGAGUCAAGUCAACCUGGCAAGUGCGAGCGACAAUUUGCAGACAACAACGAGGGAUCAGCCCUUGGUUGCGCAGUUGAUGGAAAAUGUAGAAACACUUACCAGGAAGGUUAGUGAAUUAUCUGUAUCUGUCGCCAAUGUCAACGCCGUCAGCGCGAAAUUCUACUCGGGGAAGACGCGGGCCUUGCUAUCAAUGUGGCAAGAUGGGCCACAUCGCCAACGAGUGUAGAAGCACCGGUAACGGAAGUCGACAACCAAAUUACCGACAACGCAGCGCCGAAAAUUACUGCUUCGUGUGCGGGCAAAUCGGACAUUUUGCGCGAGAAUGCCGAUUUAGAUACCAGUCCCCUGUCGCUGGUCAACCGCGUCAGGGAAACGACCAAGGACCGACCCAUUACUAGGCCGGGGGUCCGUCCAAGAAAAUACGGCCUUGCCCAUAAACUGUAUCCAGCCUACUGCGGUUUUCAAGACACGAGUGGGUGCCCAUGAGCAAAAAUGUUUGGUGGAUACAGGUGCAACGGUAUCGUUAAUAAGUCGAGAACUUAUAAGUGGGCCUUUAAAGCCAUGUUCGUUGAAGGCAAGAGGGAUCGGUGGAGAGGAACUACAAGUCCUAGGAAUGAAAGAAUUGGAAGUCAGUAUCGGCACAUUGACUAUAUCCCACCAGUUUAUGGUCGUAGGAAUGAGAAACACCUGUAUUUUAGGUGCUGACUUUUUGAAGUCAGGGCGAAUGGUCGUGGAUAUAGCAAAUUCGAAAUUAACUUGGCCAUCGGGAGAAGUGGCGUUGGUAAUCGAGACAACUGCACCAACUGUCAAUAAAUUAAGCAUACUGUUAGAUAAUUAUUCAGAUAUUUUUGUAAGCGGACCAAAUCACCCCUUAGGCCGAACCACUUUAGCAGAACACUCGAUUGACACGGGAGACAGCCGUCCU